AUGGCUUUGAGUGGAUAUCUCUUUCUACAAGGACUCUGCUUUCUCGUCCUCAGCACUCUGCUGGGUGCCCAAGAUGUGGAGCUAAGGCUGGAGAAUGGAGGCCACCGCUGUGAGGGGAGAGUGGAGGUGAAGCACCAAGGAGAAUGGGGCACAGUGGAUAGCUAUCACUGGAAGUUGGAGGCCGCAGAGGUGGUGUGCAGACAGUUGGGAUGUGGAAAUGCUGUUAGGGCUCUCCAAGGACCUCAUUUUGGAUCUGGGAUUGGACCCAUUUGGCUUCAUUAUAUUUUAUGCAAAGGCAAGGAGCCAAAUGUCAAUCACUGUAGACGUUCUCCUUUUGACGACUAUCUAAAAUUUGGCUUUUCCCGUAGUUGGACUGCUGGAGUGGUCUGCUCAGGAUUUGUGCGUCUGGUUGGAGGAGAUGGACCCUGCUCAGGGCAAGUGGAAGUGAAUUCUGAAGGAGAUUGGAUUCCAGUUUCUGAUGGGAACUUCAGGUUCCCCAAUGCCCAGGUAAUCUGUGCAGAGCUGGGGUGCGGCAAGGCUGAGUCUGUCCAGGGGAAUUUGUCCUUCAGAAAGGCCAGUGGACAGAUCUGGGCUGAAGAGUUCCAGUGUGAGGGGAAGGAGUCUGGCCUCUGGUUCUGCCCAAGAGUGUCCUGCCCUGGAGAAACUUGCCACCACAGUGCAGCUGUUCAAAUCGUCUGUUCAGAGUACACAGAAGUCCGGCUCAUAAAAAAUGGUUCUUCCCAGUGUGAGGGACAAGUGGAGAUGAAUAUUUCUGGACACUGGAGACCACUCUGUGCCUCCUAUUGGAGCAUGGCCAAUGCCAAUGUCCUUUGCCGUCAGCUCAGCUGUGGAGUUGCCAUGUCUACCCCACAAGGAAAGUUCUUUGUGGAAGGAGGGAACAGGAUCUGGAAAGACCAAUUUCACUGCUCGGGGGCUGAGCCCUCCCUGUGGCAUUGCCCUGUGACUACUCUGGUUGGUCCAGACUGUAACCAUGUUAACACGGCCUCUGUGAUCUGCUCAGGAAACCAGACCCUGCUCCUGCCUCAGUGCAAUGACUCCCUGUCUGACUCAGCAGGAUCUGUUUCCUCUGAGGAGAACGCUGCCAACUGCUCAGAGCGCCCACAACUCCGCCUUGUAGACGGGGGCAGUCCCUGUGCUGGGAGAGUGGAGAUCUACCACGAGAGCUCCUGGGGCACCAUUUGUGAUGACGGCUGGGACCUGAGCGAUGCCCAUAUGGUGUGCAGACAGCUGGGCUGUGGAGAGGCCAUGGAUGCCCUGGGCUCUGCUCACUUUGGGGCGGGAUCAGGUCCCAUUUGGCUGAAUGAGCUACAGUGCACAGGAAUGGAGUCCUACAUUUGGAAGUGUCCUUCCCAGGGUUGGGGGAGUCAUGACUGCAGUCACGGAGAGGAUGCAGGGGUAACCUGCUCAGGAUUUGUGCAUCUGGUUGGUGGGGUUGGACCCUGCUCAGGGCGAGUGGAGGUGAAUUCUGGAAGAGGCUGGACUCCAAUUUCUGGUGGGAACUUCACAUUCCCCACUGCCCAGGUCAUCUGUGCAGAAUUGGGGUGUGGCAAGCCUGCAUCUGUCCUGGAGGACCUGUCCUUAAUAAAAGCUAGCAGACAGCUCUGGACUGAAGAGUUCCAGUGCCAGGGCCAGGAAUCUAGGCUCUGGUUGUGCCCACGAGCUUCCUGUGCUGGAGGGAGUUGUCUCCACAGUGGGGAUGUUCAAAUCAUCUGUUCAGAGUACACAGAAGUUCGACUAAUGAAAAAUGGUACCUUCCAGUGUGAGGGACAAGUGGAGAUGAAUAUUUUUGGAGACUGGAGACCACUCUGUGCCUCCCACUGGAGUAUGGCCAAUGCCAAUGUGGUUUGUCAUCAGCUUGGCUGUGGAGUCGCCAUGUCUACCCCACAAGGAGCAUACAUUGUGGAAGAAGAGACCAGGAUCUGGAAAGACCAAUUUCACUGUUCAGGGACUGAGCCCUUCCUAUGGCAUUGCCCUGUGACUGCCCUGGGUUCUCCAGACUGUAACCAUGGAAACACGGCCUCUGUGAUCUGCUCAGGAAACCAGACCCAGCUGCUGCCCCAGUGCAAUGACUCCCUGCCUGUUUCAGCAGGAUCCGUCACCUUGGAGGAGAGUGCUGCCAACUGCUCAGAGAGUCGCCACCUCCGCCUGGUGGAUGGGGGCAGUCGCUGUGCCGGGAGAGUGGAGAUCUACCAUGAGGGCUCCUGGGGCACCAUUUGUGAUGACGGCUGGGACCUGAGUGAUGCCCAUGUGGUGUGCAGACAGUUGGACUGUGGAGAGGCCCUGGGUGCCCUGGGCUUUGCUCACUUUGGGAAGGGGUCAGGGCCCAUCUGGCUGGACGAUGUGAACUGCACAGGAAAGGAGGCCCACGUGUGGAGGUGCCCUUCCCGAGGCUGGGGACAGCACAACUGCAGGCACAAGGAAGAUGCAGGGGUCACCUGCUCAGAGUUCCUGGCCCUCAGGAUGGUGAGCAGGAAUCAGCAGUGUGCUGGGUGGCUGGAAGUUUUCUACAAUGGAACUUGGGGCAGUGUGUGCCGCAGCCCCAUGGAGGCCAUGACUAUAUCAACCAUCUGCAGACAGCUUGGCUGUGGGGACAGUGGAAUGCUCAACUCUUCUGUUGCUGUCAGAGAAGGUUCUAGACCCCAGUGGGUGGAUGUAAUCCAGUGUCGGAAAACUGCUACUUCCCUCUGGCAGUGUCCUUCUCAUCCUUGGAAUAACAGAUCUUGCUCUUCAAAGGAUGAAGCUUAUAUCACCUGUGCAGGAGCCAGACCCCAGAACUGCCCAACUGCCACCCCCUGCUCAGACAAGGAGAAGCUCCGACUCAGAGGAGGAGACAGUGUGUGCUCAGGCCGAGUGGAGGUUUGGCACGAAGGCUCCUGGGGCACGGUGUGUGAUGACUCCUGGAGCCUGGCAGAGGCUGAGGUGGUGUGUCGGCAGCUUGGCUGUGGCUCUGCCCUGCAUGCCCCGGGGAAGGCUGCCUUUGGCCCGGGCAAUGGAAGCAUCUGGCUGGAUGACGUGCAGUGCGAGGGCUGGGAGUCCUCCUUGUGGGCCUGUGCUGCACAGCCCUGGGGGCAGAGCAACUGCAAGCAUGAGGAGGACGCUGGAGUCAGGUGCUCAGGUGAAAGGACAACAGUUCCCCCACCUCCUGGAGGUGCCAAUUUGGGAUCAGCUCCUGUCCCUGGCGUCUUCUCCCUGCCUGGGAUCCUCUGCCUCAUCCUGGGAGCACUUCUUUUCCUAGUCCUCAUUAUUUUGGGGACACAGCUGCACAGAUGGAGAGCAGACCACAAAGCCUUAUCCAGGUUCAGGGAUGCGCUUGAUGAGGCUGUGUAUGAGGAGAUCGAUUACCUCAGAGGACUGAAGGAGGAAAUGCUGGGCAGUCCAGGGUCCUGGUCAGACAACUCAGAGAGUAAGCUACCAUAUUACACAGGAGAUGAUGAGGAGAACGGUGACUUAAAUUCCACGCCAGAACCUCCGCAUCUGGGGGCCAAUGCACUUAGUGAUGGCUAUGAUGAUGCGGAAGAGCUGUCCAUUAUGGAGACACCCCCAGUCACUCAGAUGAGUGAGGGGGAACUGCCCCCAGAGGAGAAGUGGGUAAGGACCUCUCAGGCAGGUGAAUGGGGCUCUUCCCUGCAGCUCCUCAGAGGUGCAGCUCAUUCUAGGAAAGGAGAAGAUGGCUCCUGGCUGCCCCCGGGGGAAGAAAGGAGCGCUGGAUAUGAUGAUGUUGAACUUAGUGCCCCUGGAACAUCUGUGAAGGCUUUCCCAUAAUGUUGAAUUAAAAAUGAGAUGAGAUCUCAGUGGGUCUAACUAACUGCCUGCAUCCCAAUGAAGUAUUGCUGAC